GCCAGUCGUGUAACAGGGCGGAUGGCGUCAGCCAGCCUGGGAUAAUCCGAGGAGGAGAUUCGUGGAGCUGCGCCGGUGUUCCUACUUUGCUCUGACGACCCGCAUUUGGCGUUGGGAAGUGGCUCAGACCCAGAUGGUGCCAUCUGGGGGAACUGAGGGCUGGGGACAGUUUAGGAGUGGGAGUGAAACCUGUUGUAAAAGGUCAGCGCUUUCCGUGGCUCGCUUCCAGACAGAAAGCGUGAAAGAGCCUCUUCUCCGCAGCUGGAUCUCGGCCCCUGACUGCGAGCCCACCGGCGUCCCGCACCCUGCCGGGACCGGCGGCUCCCGCACCGUCCAGGAGCUACAGCCCCUUCCAACGUUUCCAGGAAUACGUCAAAAUUUAAACGAAGGGUAUUGAAAAAUGAUUUCCUGCCGUACCUGCUGAGGGAUGCCAGCGUUUCACUGAAAACCAGCUACCGCGACAAUCGCAAUGCUGUAACUACAUCCCGGAGUGAGGUGGGGGGGAGGCUAACCCAGGUCUUCUGCACCGGCUAGGGUGAGAUGUUAUGGACAUGGCUUCAGAUACCUGGAAUUUUUUUUUCCCUCCAGAAAAUUUGGGCAAAGAUAACUCUAGCUGAAUUUUGUUGUGAGUGGGCAAACUCCACAAGCUGGUUGCAAGCUCAAGAUGUGGACAAAAUGACUGGAAAAAGGGAAAAAUUUACCUGUUUAUCAUGGUGGAAUGUGAGAAAUGUGAAACCUAUGAUGCAAUGUUGGGGCAAAUUCUUGUGCCUGACGGGCAGCCUCUUGCUAUUAACUGUUCACCGGAAAAGAGCUUGAAAAGUGGAAGCUACAACUUAACGUGGUAUAAAGUUGGUAACCAGACAGCUGUGCCUAGAGACAAACUGUCUAGAGUGCAUCAGCAGAAGAAUUUAAUUUGGUUUCUUCCUGCAAUGUUAGAAGAUUCUGGAGAUUAUGAAUGUGUCAUAAGGAAUUUGACAAGCUGGAAGAAAAUGUGUACAAAAGUAACAGUUUUUGAGAAGAUUGAUGGUUUAUGCUUAAAUGAAAAAUUUGCUGUAGAGGAGGUGAUAUUCACAUCAUCAUCUGCAAAGGUUGUGUGUCCACACUUGGAUUAUUUCAGGAAUGAGAAGGAUAUUCAGCCUGUUCAUUGGUAUAAGGACUGCCAGCUGCUGGAAGGGAAAAGAUUUGCCUUCUCAAACGGUGAUCUUAUAAUUUUCAAUGUGACUGUACAUGAUCAAGGAAACUAUACAUGUGAAACAACAUGUAACUACAAUGGAAAACAAUAUAACAUUUCACGAGAUGUCAGUCUGAUUGUAGAAGUGAGCCAACCAAAAAAGCCUCCGGAAAUAUCUUACCCAAGAAACAACUCUAUUGAAGUGGAACUUGGCUCACAGGUUACAGUGGAUUGCAAUACAACAGGUGCUGAUGGGUAUGAAGUGUUUUGGACAGGCAACGGUGUGUAUAUUGAUGUAUUUUAUAUGAGCAGAAUUUUUGCAAGUCCCUAUGAGGAAGAAACUUCUAACAAUGGACGCCCUAUGCAUUCUGUGAAGCUAAUAAUUUCAGAAGUGACUAGUGAAGAUUAUGAACAACCAUUUGUCUGUCAAGCUUCAAAUGCCUUUGGGCAGGUUGCAUCUUAUAUUAUAUUAAAGCACAGAGUUCCUGAUAUACAAAGAUGGCUGACUGGAGGGCUUGUCUCUUUGUUAAUUUUAACAUUUAUUAUUUUAAUAAUCUAUAAGACUUUCAAGAUUGAUUUGGUGCUUUGGUACCGUAAUUCUGUCUGUGCCUUUACAAGUAAGGAAGAUGGGAAAACUUAUGAUGCAUAUGUCCUGUAUGCAAAAAGCAGUGAAGGCAAAAGUUUCUAUUGUCUGGAGACCUUUGUUCAUAGAAUACUUCCAGAUGUUUUAGAAAAACAAUGUGGAUAUAAUCUCUUCAUAUUUGGAAGAGAUGAUUUACCUGGAGAAGCUGUAGUCAGUGUUGCUGAUGAAACCCUUAAGCAAAGCAGAAGACUGAUGAUUAUUUUGGGAUCAGAAACAUCUAGUUGCUGCCUGCUAGAAGACACCUCUGAACAACAGCUAGCUAUGUAUAAUGCUCUCAUCCGUGAUGGGAUUCAAGUGAUUCUUAUAGAAAUGGAUGAAAUACAGGACUACACAAGCAUGCCAGAAUCAAUCAGAUACAUUAAGCAAAAACAUGGAGCUAUCCAAUGGAAAGGUGACUUCUCAGAAAAAUCAUGUUUAGCAAAUACAAGAUUCUGGAAAAAAGUGCGCUAUCAAAUGCCAUUCAGGAAAAAAGUGUCUUAUUCUGAAGUGUAUUUAUUGCCCUUAACUUCGAACAAUUCUGCAGCAAAGGGAAGCGCCUAUUAAAAUAAUAAUGAGAAGGUAAUUCUGAAUUGUGAUGUUUCUUGCACAAAGUCUUUAUAUUACAAACUAAAUGUUUUCUUUGAAAUAUAAAAAAUAGUCAUCCCUUCCUUAAAUUACACCUUAAAAGAAAAACUCAGUGCAACUUUAUUUCUGUUCUGGAUUUUUGACAGUGACACAAUUUGUUGUGUUAGCCUUCAUUAGAUAUGAGAAGUAAAUGUUAUGGUGAUGGUGGUACACAAUUAAAUAGUCAUGGUCCACAUGAAUGUUAUAUGAAGAAGCAGCUGUGAAGUCCAUUUUUAAAAAUUGAAACUGCAGUUGAUAAAUUAAAAAUCUGUUUCUAUCAUCAGAAUUUUCCUAGUCUUUCUGUUCCACUUCUUGUUACUUCUCCAUGAUUGUCUGAUUUCCACAUUGCUACAGGAAAGCCUGAACUGUGCAAGCCUUGAGGUCCCCUUCUGAGCAAAAGGCCUUAUCCUUAUUUCUU